UCUUAAAUUUCUCUCAAUUUCAUCAAAAAAACAGUCUCACCAUCACUUCUAACUCUCGCACAUUCAGUGUAUUGCUUAAGUCGCAUCAUCAUCUAUCUAACUUUGAAAUACUCCUACUUCUUCUUUUCUCUAAAAAUUCCGAAGUAAUCGAGCUCUAUCCAUUAUUUCACUAUAUUGUUUUCUGGAAGAUUUGCUUCAAACUGUAGAAACAAAGAGGGUAAAUUGAAAUCGCUUUUCGCCUUGUUGAGUUGGAAAUUGGAAUUAUCAAUAAUAUUUUACUCUCAUAAAUUCUAGCAUUUUAUGGAUUCAACAUCUAGAGUUGAACAACCCGACCCAAACAUUGUCGGUAGCGAAGGAGUAGUAGUAGGAGGAGGAGAAGGUACAGGUACAUCAUCAGCAAGCGCUGCGACGGAGGGGGGACAGUCAACAACGGUGUCUGCAGCACCACCAAGUCGAUACGAGUCACAGAAACGUCGAGAUUGGAAUACUUUCUUACAGUACUUAAGGAACCACAAACCGCCGUUAACCCUAGCCCGUUGCAGCGGAGCUCACGUGAUCGAGUUCCUUAAGUACCUUGAUCAAUUUGGGAAAACAAAAGUGCACGUGACCGGGUGCCCGUAUUUCGGGCACCCGAAUCCACCAGCACCUUGUGCCUGUCCGUUGAAACAGGCUUGGGGUAGCCUUGAUGCACUAAUUGGAAGGCUAAGAGCUGCUUAUGAAGAAAAUGGGGGAAAACCUGAAUCAAAUCCAUUUGGUGCUAAAGCUGUUAGAAUUUAUUUAAGGGAAGUUAGAGAAAGUCAAGCAAAAGCAAGAGGAAUUCCUUAUGAAAAGAAGAAACGUAAACGGCCGAGUACAUCGAGUUCGGUUGCAACAGCUGGCAGUGCUAUCGCGGCAGAAGCAGGAGGUAGUGGUGGUGGCAGUGGCGGAGACGGUCUUAUUGGUCAGCAGCCACCUACUGCUCCUAAUACAACAGUAUAGUACAAUACUAUUCAUUUUCAAUUUUAAGUUUAGUUAGUAAUUGUGAAUUAUCUAAAUCUUAUGUGAUCCGAAUUCAAAUUUAAUUCUGAUCACAUUUGUUUUUCUAAAAUAUAUUUAGUGACAGUUGAAUUAUCAUUCAUGAUGGUAAGAAUAUUUCUCUCUA